AUGGGCGUGAUCACCACGCCACGCCGUGGUCACCGCGCGCGUCCUUCCGAGGCUGAGCUUGCCUCGCCUAUAAAAGCCCUGCCCCUGCGUUCUACCUCCCUCACACCACUCCCCCCCUCUCCCAGAACACCACCCCGAGGGUGCCUCUGCUCGCAGCUCGUCGGAGCAAGGCUCGCCGGCGUAGUCACCAUAAGGGUGACGGGUCUGCCCGAGCUCGCCCGCGCCGCCCUAGUCCGCCCGGCGGGUGCUGCAAGGGAGCGGACGCCGGGAAGAGCUGCCGUGGCCGAGAGAAUCGUCACCGAGCGCGCCCUGGACGGCCCCGACGCGCCGCCACUCCGCCCAUCCCUCGCCGUCGCCCGCCCGCUGCUGGUACGUCCCCAGCCGCCGCCGUCGUUCCCGUCCGUGGGAUGCUGCGAGGAGGAGGCAUCGGGAGGAGCUGCUGUGGACGCGGGGAAAACUGCCGAGCGCGCCCCUGGUCCGCCCCAAGCCGCCACCAACUCGCCAGCCACCUCCAGCAACCGCCACGCCCCGCUGAACACCACCCCGAGGGUGCCUCUGCUCGCAGCUCGUCGGAGCAAGGCUCGCCGGCGUAGUCACCAUAAGGGUGACGGGCAGGAGGAGCUCGACCCCGGCAUCCUCGUCCCUUCCUCCUUGCUCCACCUUGCUCACCGUCGUCCGCCUGCCCUAACGCGCGCCUCCGUCUCUCCCCAGGUCUGCCCGAGCUCGCCGCGCCGCCUAGUCUGCCCGGCGGGUGCUGCAAGGGAGCGGACGCCGGGAAGAGCUGCCGUGGCCGAGAGAAUCGUCACCGAGCGCGCCCUGGACGGCCCCGACGCGCCGCCACUCCGCCCAUCCCUCGCCGUCGCCCGCCCGCUGCUGGUACGUCCCCAGCCGCCGCCGUCGUUCCCGUCCGUGGGAUGCUGCGAGGAGGAGGCAUCGGGAGGAGCUGCCGUGGACGCGGGGAAAGCUGCCGAGCGCGCCCCUGGUCCGCCCCAAGCCGCCACCAACUCGCCAGCCACCUCCGAGCAACCGCCACGCCCCGCCGGUAAGUUUCCCGGCCGCCUCCGUUCCUCCCCUGGACGACCGCCGCGCGCGUGA